AAUGCUACUCCUAUCAGUUACGGGCCAGGACUUAACGCAGCUUCUGCUCGGGGAUCAUAUUCUCUACAGCAGCAAUUAAUGGAUCCUGGUUUCUUCUCAUAGUGACUUUACAAUCGGAAGCAGACUCUCCCUUUUUCAACGUGUUAGAAUCGCCCAGUAAUCAUAUCUUUUUUGUAAUUCUCCUACUCCUAUCUAUGGUCUAUUUCGUGUGACUUCUGUUAUUCUUCAAUGGCAUUCGCGGCCGUCGUUAGAACUGUCUUAGCCAGUCCCUCUAAUUUCAAGCUUGCUUCUCCACUCCCCUUGUUUCGCAAGGCCCAAUUCCUCCAUUUUGCCUUCGCCAAGAGGCAGUGGUGUUCGCAAGCAUCUUUGUACCGUUCAUCACACCAAGUUGCUAGAUUUGGUGCUUGUCGGAUGGCUUCUUCUUUGUCAGGGGCUCAACAAACAUUUUCUCCAGCAUCCUUGACAACAAAUGAACCUGUUGUGUCGGUUGAUUGGCUGCACGCCAACCUCAGAGAUCCCGAUCUGAAGGUGCUGGAUGCAUCCUGGUAUAUGCCAGAUGAGCAGAGAAAUCCACUUCAAGAGUACCAGGUUGCCCACAUUCCAGGUGCGCUAUUCUUCGACUUGGAUGGCAUAGUUGACCGGACUACAAAUCUCCCACAUAUGCUACCAUCAGAAGAAGCAUUUGCUGCUGCGGUCUCUGCUCUUGGUAUUGAGAACAAAGAUGGGGUUGUUGUAUAUGAUGGUAAAGGGAUUUUCAGUGCAGCACGUGUUUGGUGGAUGUUUCGAGUUUUUGGGCAUGACCGAGUUUGGGUUCUAGACGGAGGCUUGCCAAGAUGGCGUGCUUCUGAAUAUGAUGUGGAAUCAAGUGCAUCUGGUGAUGCAAUUUUGAAAGCUAGUUUUGCCAGUGAUGCUAUAGAGAAAGUAUAUAAGGGACAUGCAGCUGGACCGAUCACAUUUCAUGCCAAGUUUCAGCCACAUCUUGUCUGGACACUUGAACAGGUCAGGAACAACAUUGAUGAAAAGACACACCAGCAUAUAGAUGCACGUUCGAAAGCUAGAUUUGAUGGGGUUGCACCAGAGCCUCGGAAAGGAAUACGUAGUGGACAUGUUCCUGGUAGCAAAUGCAUUCCCUUUGCACAGAUGUUGGAUGACUCACAAACGCUCUUACCUGCAGAGGAGCUCAAGAAAAAAUAUGACCAAGAAGGGAUUUCCUUGGACAGUCCUAUAGUAACUUCAUGCGGCACUGGUGUAACUGCUUGCAUUCUCGCCUUGGGACUCCAUCGGCUUGGGAAGGACGAUGUUGUGGUGUAUGAUGGUUCUUGGACAGAAUGGGGAGCAAAUCCUGAUACCCCUGUUUCCACUUCUGAUGAAGCUUAGAAGAUUUUGUGACAUAAGAUCUGAUAUGUUCACUUUUUAUUAUGUUUUAUACUCCGUAUAUACAUAUAUUGUAUGCAUAUUUCAGCAGUUUAACUGUCUUGACAGAAUGUUUCCAGUAAUUAAUAACACAUUCAGUAAAGUGCUGUUGUGGUUUUUCUUCUCCUCCCAAAAGAGGGUAAGAACAUUAGUGCCCUCAUACAUUGAGAGGAGGAAUGCAAUCCUUUCUUUUGUUCUGUAAUGGUACUUUUCACUAAUAUCUUUAAUAAGAAAUACUCCCUCCGUCCCCUUUUAAAUGGGACGGGAGAUGGUGGCACGAGUUUUAAGAAAA